CUUGGCGGAUGCUCAGAAGAUACAAAACGCCUAAAUUAUUGUUAAAUUUUGUAUUUGCUAUUGGGAACGAAUUAGAAAAAAAUACACAAUAAAGGAUAAAUACACAAUACGGGAUAAAUAUGAUUAGAAUUGAAGGUAAAUGACUCGCACAGUUUAAUGGUUAGUAAUGCCGGGUUUAGAAGAAAGAGAACAAAGUCUUUGGCUUGACACAAGUGCAAGGGACUACGGCCUAAUGUCCGAUGGUGUCGCCUCUGAGCUGGUGAAAAAGUUUUUUUUCACGUCCCGCAAAUCAGGAAAGGACAGUGAAGACGACGAAUACGACGAAAAAUUGGAAGUUUAUAUUCCUGAGCUUCUUCAAGCCAGUUAUAACUUCUACACUUGGCCCUCUGCGCCUGUCUUAGCUUGGUUCCUUUGGGAAAAUCGAAAGGAUCUUGCAGGCAAAAGAGUUUUAGAACUUGGCUCUGGCACGGCAUUACCUGGUAUUGUAGCCAGUAAAUGUGGGGCAUCAGUGACGCUCAGUGAUGCUGCAAAUCUUCCGAAGGGUUUACAACACAUCCGCAGAAGCUGCGAACUGAACGGUGUUUUGUCUCAAGUGAAGGUCGUUGGAAUCACCUGGGGUCUUUUCCUCUCCAGCCUUUUCUCCGUCGGACCCUUGGACAUCAUUUUAGGCUCAGAUUGUUUCUAUGAACCCUCUGUUUUUGAAGAUAUCGUCGUGACUGUUGCAUUCUUACUGGAAAGAAAUCCAUCUGCAAAAUUCCUGUGCACAUAUCAAGAACGGAGUGCAGAUUGGUCUAUUGAGCACCUUUUAAGCAAGUGGGGCCUGACUUGUUCUCAGAUUUCUUUGGCCGGGCUAGCUGCUGAUGCAGACAUAAAUAUUCAAGAAUUAAUGCAAGAUCACACUAUUCAGUUGCUGGAUAUUCGAAAAGUACCUUGAAAGUUUCAGAAUGGCCACAUUGGU